UGAUGAUUUGGCACGUAAAUGAUCAAUAACAACCUGAGUUAAUUUACGGUUAGUUACCUACUCUAGUAAUGGACAGAAACACCCUGAGCAUGGCUUCACAUGAACAGUGCAUUUCGCCUCCCUUCUUCAAGUCUUAUGGUGCGAAGUCGCAGCCCCCAGAAGCAGACGCAGUCUGAGACCGCCUGGAUGUACUAUGGAUCCAGUCGCUCUUCGAGUCCUCAUCAGCGGCGGCGGCGUCGCGGGCAGCGCUCUCGCUUUCUGGCUUGUCAGACAAGGCCACGACAUCCCGGUUGUCGAGCACUUCACCAGUCUGCGUGCUUUCGGCCUCCACAUCGACCUCCGUGGCCCCGGCACUGAAGCAGCGCCGGAGCAGGGAAUGCAGAUUCCUGACUUUGAGUUCGAGAUCAUGAGAGGUAACCUGUGUCGCCUUCACUAUGACGCCGCCAACGCUUGCAGAACACCGCCGAAAUACGUCUUCGGAACAUCCGUGGCCAGCUUUGAGCAGAAAGACACCUCAGUCAACGUUCGUUUUGAAGAUGGCAGGACGGAUACCUUUGACCUCCUCGUCAACGCUGAUGGUCAGUGGUCCCGCACUCGCAGGAUGAUGCUCGGCCCUGGUAUCCCGGACGCGGUUCAACGGAUACCAGCCCUCUACAUGGCCUACUUCACAGUGCGUCAGCCAAUGCAAAAGGGAGAGAAGUACCUCACCACUCCGGAGGAGAUGCAGGUUCUGCUCACCUGCAAUCCUGCCCCGGAUUGGCUGGAGAAUGUUUUCAGGGGGAAUGUCGAGAAGGAUAAGGAAGCUUUCGCGGACAUCUUCAGGGGUGCCAAAUGGAUAUCGGAGGACAUCCUGAAAUCCAUGUGGGCGGCUGACGAUUUUUACUGCGAGCGUCUCGGUCUCGUGAAGCUGAAAUCCUGGUCGUCGGGUCACGUCACGCUCGUCGGAGAAGCCGCUCACUGCCCAACGGCUCUGUCCGGAAUGGCACUACUUGCGCUAUUGACCCAGACACCCUUGCCGCUGCGCUCGACCGCUACGAACAAGCCUUUUCGUCCCUUCGUCAAAGCUAUGCAGGAAGGGAUCCCCGAGAGAGCCGAGAAGCAAUGGAACAUGACGGGAUCAGCAUUUAGCAUCGGUGUCCUGAACUUCAUGGUGGGAAUUGCUUCCUUUCUCAAAGUCAACAUUGCUGAUCUCAUGGGCAUUCGCGAGACGGUUGGUGAUGGGUAUCUCCCGGACUACGAGAGUAUGGUGGGGGACAAAUAAUUAGGGAGAUCAUCACACGGUUAUCGUUUUCACUGAUCCUCAAACUACCUUACAUAUCUCCACUCUUCAUGGGACCCGAAACUAAACUCUGACGAAUGUCACUCAGUUAAGGAGUGUAAGGU